UUCAUUUUCCAAUUAUUUUCGUACGUAGCUAGUUUGUUGUUGAUCACUUUGACUUUAUUUUAACCCAAAUGCUUAUAAGAACAACUUGCAAGAUGCUCUUUUUCGUUUAUUUGUCAUUUAUGAUAUUUGAGUCCGCUCUUGGUAGAUCGUUCACAAUUGAUUACGAGAAGAACUGUUUCUUGAAGGAUGGCAAACCAUUUCGAUACAUUUCAGGUGGCAUACAUUAUUUUCGAGUGCCGCGAAUGUAUUGGAAAGAUAGAUUAAUGAAGAUAAAAGCUGCUGGUCUCAACGCUGUUCAAACAUACAUUCCCUGGAAUAUUCAUGAACCAGAACCAGGUGUUUAUAACUUUGAGGGUGAAGCAGAUGUUCUUAGUUUUAUAAAACUUGUUCAAGAAACAGGACUCUUAAUGAUUCUUCGACCAGGUCCUUAUAUUUGUGCAGAAUGGGAAUUUGGUGGCUUUCCUCCUUGGUUGUUGAAGAAUGCCUCCAUAAUUUUGCGUUCCUCGAAGGAUCCAGUUUAUACCUCAGCAGUCACAUCUUGGUUUAAAGUUCUUUUGCCAAUGUUACGUCCAUAUCUAUAUUCAAAUGGUGGACCAAUCAUUUCAGCCCAGGUUGAAAAUGAGUACGGAAGAUACUUUACCUGCGAUGCGAAAUACUUGGAGUUUUUACAAAGAUUAAUGGAGGAAUAUCUUGGAAAAGAUGUGAUUCUAUUUACAACAGAUGGCGAUGCCGAAAGUCUUCUUAAAUGUGGAACUUUGCCCACUCUCUUCAGCACAGUUGAUUUUGGACCAGGAACCGAUCCCAAGAAAGCGUUUGCCAUUCAGAGAAAAUUUCAAGCCCGUGGUCCUUUGGUCAAUUCUGAAUAUUAUACUGGAUGGCUGGACUUAUGGAGCAAGCAGCACCAAACCACUGAUCCCACUUUAACGGCUGCUAAACUGGACCAAAUAUUGGCAAUGAAUGCUUCCGUAAACAUGUAUAUGUUUGAAGGAGGCACAAAUUUUGGAUAUAUGAAUGGAGCGACCUUCACUGGUUCUGUCUACCUACCAGUGACAACCAGUUAUGAUUAUGAUGCACCAUUAUCUGAAGCUGGAGAUCCUGGAGUUAGCAAUAAAAAAUAUGGUGCCAUUAAGAAAAUUGUCACUAAAUAUUUGCCGGAUCCAAAAAUUCCCAUACCACCACCUACACCAAAGUAUGCAUAUGGAAAAAUACAAAUGACCAAGAUUGUUUCAUCACAAAAUUCCAAGACAGUGACGUCGAGAUAUCCCAAAACAAUGGAACAAAUGAACAUGUACUAUGGAUUUGCUAUUUAUAUGGCAAAUAUUGUGAUAUCGGCAAGGCAAAGUCAACUAAAACAUAUUCUUAACAUGCCUGGUGUAAGAGACAGGGCUAUAGUCUUUAUUGAUAAGGUAAAACAAGGUGUAGUUGAUCGAAAUGACAAGAAAAAAUGUUUGGAAAUCGAAGUCGUUAAAAACAGUGUGCUUGAAAUUAUAAUUGAAAAUCAAGGACGCAUUAAAAAUGGUCAUUUGAACGACCCUAAAGGUUUGAUUAGCAAUGUUACACUUGAUGGAGUUAUACUUACAAACUGGACUGUUAGUCACUUAAAAGACCCACCAAAUGUAUAUCAUGAACUCAAGAAUGACUUAUUUGGUGCAAAUAAUCAAGUUCCAGCUUUCUUCAAGGGUAUUGUUCCGUCGAUGCCUGAAGGAUUAUCUCCACAAGAUACGUAUUUGUCACUAUAUGGAUGGGAAAAGGGUCAAGUGUUUCUGAAUGGUUUUAACUUGGGUCGUUAUUGGCCUGUUGAGGGUCCUCAAAUCACCUUAUAUGUUCCAGCUAGUGCUUAAAAGGAUAAAAAUAUUCUGAUUGUAUUAGAACUGGAUGGAGCUCCUUGUGCAGAACCUAAGAAUUGUUACGUUGAAAUGGUAACUAAACCAAUUUUAAAUGGUACUGUAUUGUACUAAUAGCGUAUUUCAGCGUAUACAGUAUUUCAUAUAAUUAUAAGAACCAUAAAUUUCGUUGGAUUUAUUAUGAAUAUUUUUAAUUGAAUGAAUAACGUAUGAUUAAACAGACAAUGAGUAGAAGCUUGAAAGAAAGAAACUGGAAUGCUAUAUAUUGUAAUUGAAAAAUUAUACAAAAUAGCUGAUUCUACUGUAUGUCAGUAGUUAAUUUCCUUUUGAAUCUUGAAAGGUUGCAACUGGAAAGUUUGUACUUAAAAAAUGACGCGAUCUAUCUGA